AUGGCGGUCUUCGAAGUGAUCCUUGAGAGCAUACGCCUCGUUGGACCUGUAAAUGUUCUUCUUCUUGCCUCCCUCUCUUUCCUCAUACUUCGCAGCAUUUACCGCAUCUACUUCCACCCUCUGUCACACAUUCCUGGGCCUAUUCUCCCGAAAAUCACCAACUUCUGGCUCUACUACCAUAUCUACUUCGGCGAUGAGAUCACCUGCACCAACCGGAUGCAUGCAAAGUACGGCCCAAUUGUACGAGUUUCUCCAAAUGAAGUUGAUAUCAGCGACAUCGACGCUGUACAACCCAUCUACGUGGCCAAAGGCGGGUUUAAGAAGACGCCCAACUAUGCUAACUUCGACAUCGACGGGCAUAAGACCAUCUUCUCAACCACAGAUAUGGACUACAGAGCGCCGCGGGCAAAGGCAAUUGUGUCCAUGUUUUCCACAAAAAGCAUUCGGGAUAACCAGGAGGCGCUUUAUGGGUGUGUCGAUCGCAUGGUGGAGAGGUUGCGCGAAGAGGCGGAGGAGAGUAAGAGGACAGGAAAGCCAGUCAAUGUGCUGAACACCGGGCGAGCUUUGGCUGUUGAUGGGAUGACAACCCAUUUAUUCCACGAGAACUAUAAUGGCACCUCAGAGAAGGCACAACGAUUGUCGGUGUCCUCUUUUGUAGACGCAUUUGUUGCCGUCGGACGGAUUUUCUAUUUGCCCAGCACUCUGUUCCACCUGUUCGAGUGGUCGGUUGACAAGUUUACGAAUCACGAACGGACGGACUUAUCCAUGGAAGUAGUCGACAAAUACGUCAGUAACCUUGUUGACAGCACUCCAAAGGGAGCUUUGAACUACCCCGGCCGCCUCAUGGCAAUCGGCCUGACUAGGGAUGAACUCAAGGCACAAUGCAAAGACCUUAUCUUUGCCGGAACCGACUCCACCGGCCACAACGUUGCUUCCAUGUGCCGCUACCUAGCCAUGCACCCCUCCAAGUACCAAAGACUCCGGGCCGAAAUCCUAGCCAACGACCAUGCCCCAGCUGACCAAAAGCUCGACGCUCAAUCCCUCCCUUACCUUUCCGCCUGUGUAAAGGAAUGCCUCCGAAUCAGCAUGGCCAACCCCAGCCGACCGCCGCGUAUCGUGCCCAAGGGAGGCUGGGUCUUCAAGAACACCACAUUCCCGGCCGGCGCCUGGGUUGGGGUCUCCGCCUACGAGCUGCACUUCAACCCCGUUGCGUUCCCAGACCCCUUCUCAUUCAUUCCUGAGCGCUGGUUCGAAGGCGACGAGCACUGGACGGAGCAGGGAAGCCGCUAUUGGUUUGCGUUCGGAGCGGGCCCGAGAAUGUGCAUCGCGCGGAAUUUGGCAACGACGGAGCUUUACCUGGCGACAGAACGGGUGGCGCUGAGAGAUGUGCUGAAGGGCGCGAGGCCCGGGAAACCGGUUGAGUGGUAUCAGUGGUUUAAUGCUUCAGUGAAGGGGGAGAGCAUUGACAUGUUUUGGGAUAAGGACACGGAUGAGAAGGAAAAAGUCGAAGUUUGA